AUGGCUUGCGAGGACAGCACGGCUUGUGAGGACAGCACGGCUUGCGAGGAGAGCACGGCUUGCGAGGACACCACAGAUUGCGAGGAUAGCACGGCUUGCGAGGACAGCACAGCUUGCGAGGACAGCACGGCUUGCGAGGACAGCAAGGCUUGCGAGGAGAGCACAGCUUGCGCGGACACUUGCGAGGACAACACAGCAUGCAAGGAGAGCACAGCAAAGCUUACAAGGACAGCAUGGCUUGCGAGGACAGCACGGCUUGCAAGGACAGCACGCCUUGCGAGGACAGAAUGGCUUGCAAGGACAGCACGGCUAGUGAGGAGAGAACGGCUUGCGAGGACAGCACAGGUUGCAAGGACAGCACAGAUUGCGAGGACAGCAAAGCUUCCGAGAACAGCACAGCUUGCGAGGACAGCACAGUUUGCGAGAACAGCACAGCUUGCCAGGACAGGACAGCUUGCAAGGACAGCACAGCUUGCGAGCACAGCACAACUUGCGAGGAAAGCACAGCUUGUGAGGACAGCACAGCUUUCAAGGACAGCACAGCUUGCGAGGACAGCACAGCUUGCGAGGACAGCACGGCUUGCGAGGACAGCUGAGACAGCUCAACUUUCGAGGACAGCACAACUUGAGAGGACACCUCAACUUGAGAGGACAGCUCAACUUCAGAGGAUAGCUCCGGUUGAGAGGACUGCUCAACUUGAGAAGACAGCUCAACUUGAGAGGACAGCACAGCUUGCGAGGACAGCACAGCUCUUGAGGACAGCACAGCUUGCGAGGACAGCACAGCUUGCGAGGACAGCACGGCUUGUGAGGACAGCUGAACUUGAGAGGGCAGGUCAACUUGAGACGACAGCACAGCUUGCGAGGACAGCACAGCUUGCGAAGACUGCACAGCUUGCGAGGACAGCACAGCUUGCAAGGACAGCAAAGCUUGCAAGGAAAGUACGGCUUGCGAAGACAGCAUGGCUUGCGAGGGCAGCAUUGCUUGUGAGGACGGCACGGCUUGCGAGGAGAGAACGGCUUGGGAGGACAGCACAGGUUGCGAGGACAGCACAGGUUGCGAGGACAGCACAGCUUCCAAGGACAGCACAGCUUGCGAGGACUGCAAAGCUUGCGAGGACAGCACAGUUUGCGAGGACAGCACAGCUUGCGAGGACAGCACAGCUUGCGAGGAAGGCACAGCUUGCGAGGACAGCACAGCUUGCGAGGACAGCACAGCUUGCGAGGAAAGCACUGGUUGCGAGGACUGCUCAGCUUGAGAGGACAGUUCAACUUGAGAAGACAGCUCAACUUGAGAGGACAGCUCAACUUGAGAGGACAGCUCAACUUGAGAGGACAGCUCAAGUUGUGAGGACAGCUCAACUUGAGAGGACAGCUCAACUUGAGAGGACAGCUCAACUUGAGAGGACAGCUCAACUUGAGAGGACAGCUCAACUUGAGAGGACAGCUCAGCUUGAGAGGACAGCUCAACUUGAGCAGACAGCUCAACUUGAGUGGACAGCUCAACUUGAGAAGACAGAUCAACUUGAGGGGACAGCACUACUUAAGAGGAAAGCACUACUUGAGAGGAAAGCACAACUUGCGAGGACAGCAAAGCUGGCGAGGACAGCACAGCUUGCAAGGACAGCACGGCUUGCGAGGACAGCACGGCUUGCGAGGAUAGCACGGCUUGCGAGCACAGCACGGCUUCACAGCUUGCGAGGACAGCUCAAUUUUAGAGGACAGCUCAACUUGAGAGGACAGCUCAACUUGAGAGGAAAGCUCAACUUGACAGCUCAACUUGAGAGGACAGCUCAACUUCAGAGGACAGCUCAACUUGAGACGACAGCUCAACUUGAGAUGGCAGCUGAACUUGAGAGGGCAGCUCAACUUGAGACGACAGCACAGCUUGCGAGGACAGCACAGCUUGCGAGGACAGCACAGCUUGCGACGACAGCACAGCUUGCGAGGACAGCACAGCUUGCGAGGACAGCACAGCUUGCGAGGGCAACAGAGCUUGCGAGGAAAGCAGAGGUUGCGAGGACAGCUCAGCUUGAGAUAACAGCUAAACUUGAGAGGACCGUUCAACUUGAGCGGACUGUACGACUUGAGAAGAUAGCACAACUUGCGAGGACAGCAAAGCUUGCGAGAACAGCAAAGCUUGCGAGGACAGCAAAGCGUGAGAGCUUGCGAGGAAAGCACAGCUUGCGAGGACAGCACAGCUUGCGAGGAAAGCACAGCUUGCGAAGGGCAGCACAGUUUUCGAGGACAGCACAGCUUGCGAGGACAGCACAGCUUGCAAGGACAGCACAGCUUGCGAGGACAGUUCAACUUGAGAGGACAGCUCAACAUGAGAGGACAGCUCAGCUUGAGAGGACAGCUCAACUUGAGCAGACAGCUCAACUUGAGUGGACAGCUCAACUUGAGAAGACAGCUCAACUUGAGGGGACUGCACUACUUAAGAGGAAAGCACUACUUGAGAGGAAAGCACAACUUGCGAGGACAGCAAAGCUGACGAGGACAGCACAGCUUGCAAGGACAGCACGGCAUGCGAGGACAGCACGGCUUGCAAGGACAGCACAGCUUGUGAGGACAGCACAGCUUGCGAGGACAGCACAGCUUGCAAGGACAGCACAGCUUGCGAGGACAGCACAGCUUGCGAGGACAGCACAGCUUGCGAGGAAUGCACAGGUUGCGAGGACAGCUCAGCUUGAGAGGACAGCUCAACUUGAGAGGACAGCUCAACUUGAGCGGACUGCUCAACUUGAGAGGAAAGCUCAACUUGAGAGGACAGCUCAACUUCAGAGGACAGCCCAACUUGAGAGGACAGCUCAACUUGAGAGGACAGCUCAACUUGAGAGGGCAGCUGAACUUGAGAGGGCAGCUCAACUUGAGGCGACAGCACAGCUUGCGAGGACAGCACAGCUUGCGAGGACAGCACAUUUUGCAAGGACAGCACAGUUUGCGAGGACAGCACAGCUUGCGAGGACAGCACAGCUUGCGAGGAGAGAACGGCUUGCGAGGACAGCACAGGUUGCGAGGACAGCACAGGUUGCAAGGACAGCACAGCUUCCAAGGACAGCAAAGCUUGCGAGGACAGCACAGCUUGUGAGGACAGCACAGCUUGCGAGGACAGCGCAGCUUGCGAGGACAGCACAGCUUGCGAGGACAGCACAGCUUGCGAGGACAGCACAGCUUGCGAGGACAGCACAGCUUGCGAGGACAGCUCAGAUUGAGAGGACAGCUCAACUUGAGAGGACAGCUCAACUUGAGCAGACUGCUCAACUUGAGAGGAAAGCUCAACUUGAGAGGACAGCUCAAUUUGAGAGAACAGCUCAACUUGAGAGGACAGCUCCACUUGAGAGGACUGCACAACUUGAGAAGACAGCACAAUUUGCGAGGACAGCAAAGCUUGCUAGGACAGCAAAGUUUGCGAGGGCAGAACAGCUUGCGAGGACACAGAGGUUGGGAGGACAGCUCAGCUUGCGUGGACAGCAGAGCUUGCGAGGACAGCACAGCUUGCGAGGACGGCACGGCUUGCGAGGACAGCACGGCUUGCGAGGACAGCACAGCUUGCGAGGACAGCACGGCUUGCGAGGACAGCACAGCUUGCGAGGACAGCACAGCUUGCGAGCACAGCUCAACUUGAGAGGACAGCUCAACUUGAGAGGACAGCUCAAUUUGAGAGGACAGCUCAACUUGAGAGUACAGCUCAACUUGACAGCUCAAUUUGAGAGCACAGGUGAACUUGAGAGGACAGCUCAACUUGAGAGGACAGCUCAACUUGAGAGGGCAGCUGAACUUGAGAGGGCAGCUCAACUUGAGACGACAGCACAGCUUGCGAGGACAGCACAGCUUGCGAGGACAGCACAGCUUGCGAGGACAGCACAGCUUGCGAGGACAGCACAGCUUGCGAGGACAGCACAGCUUGCGAGGACAGCACAGCUUGCGAGGAGAGAACGGCUUGCUAGGACAGUACAGGUUGCAAGGACAGCACAGGUUGCAAGGACAGCACAGCUUCCAAGGACAGCACAGCUUGCGAGGACAGCACAGCUUGCGAGGGCAGCACAGCUUGCGAGGACAGCACAGCUUGCGAGGACAGCACAGCUUGCGAGGACAGCACAGCUUGCGAGGACAGCACAGCUUGCGAGGACAGCACGGCUUGCGAGGAAAGCACAGGUUGCGAAGACAGCUCAGCUUGAGAGGACAGCUCAACUUGGGAGGACAGCUCAACUUGAGCGGACUGCUCAACUUGAGAGGAAAGCUCAACUUGAGAGGACAGCUCAACUUGAGAGAACAGCUCAACUUGAGAGGACAGCUCAACUUGAGAGGACUGCACAACUUGAGAAGACAGCACAAUUUGCGAAGACAGCUAAACUUGCUAUGUCAGCAAUGUUUGCGAGGACAGCACAGCUUGCGAGGACAGCACGGCAUCUGAGGACAGCAUGGCUAGCGAGGACAGCACGUCUUGCGAGGGCAGCAGAGGUUGGGAGGACAGCUCAGCUUGCGUGGACAGCACAGCUUGCGAGGACAGCACAGCUUGCGAGGACAGCACUGCUUGCGAGGACAGCACAGCUUGCAGGGACAGCACAGCUUGCGAGGACAGCACAGCUUGCGAGGACAUUACAGCUUCUUAACUUGAGAGAGCUGCUCAACUUGAGAGGACAGCUCAACUUGAGAAGACAGCUUUACUUGAGAGGACAGCUCAACCUGAGGACAGCUCAACUUGAGAGGACAGCUCAAAUUGAGAGGACAGCUCAUCUAGAGAGGACAGGUCAUCUAGAGAGGACAGCUCAACUUGAGAAGAGAGCUCAACUUGAGAGGACAGCUCAACUUGAGAGGUCAGCUCAACUUGAGAGGACAGGUCAACUUGAGAGGACAGCUCAACACAGCUUGCGAGAACAGCAUGGCUUGCGAGGACAGCACAGCUUGCGAGGAUGGCUCAGCUUGCGAGGAAAGCACAGCUUGCGAGGACAGCACGGCUUGCGAGGACAGUUCAACUUGAGAGGACAGCUCAACUUGAGAGGACAGCUCAGCUUGAGAGGACAGCUCAACUUGAGCAGACAGCUCAACUUGAGUGGACAGCUCAACUUGAGAAGACAGCUCAACUUGAGGGGACAGCUCAACUUGAGAGGACAGCUCAACUUGAGAGGACAGCUCAACUUGAGAGGACAGCUCAACUUGAGAGGACAGCUCAACGUCACAGCUCAACUUGAGAGGACAGCUCAACUUGGGAGGACAGCUCAACUUGAGAGGACUGCUCAACUUGAGAGGACAGCUCAACUUGAGAGGGGAACUGAACUUGAGAGGGCAGCUCAACUUGAGACGACAGCACAGCUUGCGAGGACAGCACAGCUUGCGAGGACACCACAGCUUGCGAGGACAGCACAGCUUGCGAGGACAGCACAGCUUGCGAGGACAGCACAGCUUGCGAGGAGAGAACGGCUUGUGAGGACAGCACAGGUUGCGAGGACAGCACAGCUUGCGAGGACAGCACAGCUUGCGAGGACAGCACAGCUUGCGAGGACAGCACAGCUUGCGAGGACAGCACAGCUUGCAAAGACAGCACAGCUUGCGAGGAAAGCACAGGUUGCGAGGACCCCUCAGCUUGAGCGGACUGCUCAACUUGAGAGGAAAGCUCAACUUGAGAAGACAGCUGAACUUGAGAGAACAGCUCAACUUGAGAGGACAGCUCAACUUGAGAGGACUGCACAACUUGAGAAGACAGCACAAUUUGCGAGGACAGCAAAGCUUGCUAGGACAGCAAAGUUUGCGAGGACAGCACAGCUUGCGAGGACAGCACGGCUUCUGAGGACAGCACGGCUAGCGAGGACGGCACGACUUGCGAGGACAGCAGAGGUUGGGAGGACAGCUCAGCUUGCGAGGACAGCACGGCUUGUGAGGACAGCACAGCUUGUGAGGACAGCACAGCUUGUGAGGACAGCACUGCUUGUGAGGACAGCACAGCUUGCAGGGACAGCACAGAUUGCGAGGACAGCACAGCUUGCGAGGACAUUACAGCUUGUGAGGACAGCUCAACUUGAGAGGACAACUCAACAUGAGAGGACAGCUCGACUUGAGAGGACUGCACAACUUGAGAAGACAGCACACCUUGAGAAGACAGCAAAGCUUGCGAGAACAGCAAAGCUUGCGAGGACAGCAAAGCUUACGAGGACAGCAUGGCUUCUGACGACAGCACGGCUAGCGAGGACAGCACGGCUUGCGAGGACAACAGAGUUGAGAGGACAGCUCAACUUGAGAAGACAGCUUUACUUGAGAGGACAGCUCAACCUGAGAGGACAGCUCGAGAGGACAGCUCAACUUGUGAGGACAGCUCAUCUAGAGUGGACAGCUCUACUUGAGAAGAGAGCUCAACUUGAGAGGACAGCUCAACUUGAGAGGACAGCUCAACUUGAGAGGACAGCACAGCUUGUGAGGAUAGCACAGCUUGCGAGGACAGCACAGUUUGCGAGUACAGCACAGCUUGCGAGGACAGCACAGCUUGCGAGGACAGCACAGCUUGCGAGGACAGCACAGCUUGCGAGGACAGCACAGCUUGCGAGGACGGCACAGCUUGCGAGGACAGCACAGCUUGCGAGGACAGCUCUACUUGAGAGGACAGCCCAACUUGAGAGGACAGCUCAACUUAAGAAGACAGCUUUACCUGAGAGGACAGCUCAACCUGAGAGGACAGCUCAAUUUGAGAGGACAGCUCAACUUGAGAGGACAGCUCAAUUUGAGAGGACAGCUCAACUUGAGAGGACAGCUCAUCUAGAGAGGACAGCUCAACUUGAGAGGACAGCUCAACUUGAGAGGACAGCUCAACUUGAGAGGACAGCUCAACUUGCGAGGACAGCACAGCUUGUGAGGAUAGCUCUACUUGAGAGGACAGCUCAACUUGAGAAGACAGCUCAACUUAAGAAGGCAGCUUUACUUGAGAGGACAGCUCAACCUGAGAGGACAGCUCAAUUUGAGAGGACAGCUCAACUUGAGAGGACAGCUCAUCUAGAGAGGACAGCUCAACUUAAGAAGUCAUCUUUACUUGAGAGUACAGCUCAACUUGAGAGGACAGCACAGCUUGCGAGGACAGCACAGCUUGUGAGGACAGCUCUACUUGAGAGGACAGCUCAACUUGAGAGGACAGCUCAACUUGCGAGGACAGCUCUACUUGAGAGGACAGCUCAACUUGAGAGGACAGCUCAACUUAAGAAGACAGCUUUACUUGAGAGGACAGCUCAACCUGAGAGGACAGCUCAAUCUUGCGAGGACAGCAAAGCUCGCAAGGACAGCACAGCUUGCGAGGACAGCAUGGCUUGCGAGGACAGCACGGCUUGCGAGGACGGCACCGCUUGCGAGGUCUGCAUGGCUUGCGAGGACAGCACGGCUUGCGAAGCAGCACAGGUUGUGAGGACAGCCCAGCUUGCGAGGACAGCACAGCUUGCGAGGACUUCACAGUUUGCGAGGACAGUACAGCUAGCGCGGACAGCACAGCUUGGAAGGACAGCAGAGCUUGCGAGGACAGCUCAACUUGAGAGGACUGCUCAACUGGAGAGGACAGCUCAACUUGAGAGGACAGCACAACUUGAAAGGACAGCACAACUUGAGAGGACAGCUCAACUUGAGAGGACAGCUCAACAUGAGAGGACAGCUCAACUUGAGAGGACAGCUCAACUUGAGAGGACAGCUCAACUUGAGAGGACAGCACUACUUGAGAGGACAGCUCAACUUGCGAGGACAGCACAGCUUGCGAGGACAGCACAGCUUCCGAGGACAGCACAGGUUGCGAGGACAGCACAGCUUGCGAGGACAGCAAAGCUUGCGAGGACAGCACGGCUUCUGAGGACAGCACGGCUAGCGAGGACAGCACGGCUUGCGAGGACAACAGAGCUUAACUUGAGAGGACUGCUCAAGUUGAGAGGACAGCUCAACUUGAGAAGACAGCUUUACUUGAGAGGACAGCUCAAACUGAGAGGACAGCUCGAGAGGACAGCUCAACUUGUGAGGACAGCUCAUCUAGAGUGGACAGCUCAACUUGAGAAGAGAGCUCAUUUUGAGAGGACAGCUCAACUUGAGAGGUCAGCUCAACUUGAGAGGACAGCUCAACUUGAGAGGACAGCUCAAGUAGAGAGGACAGCUCAAGUUGAGAGGAUAGCUCAACUUGAGAGGACAGCUCAAUUUGAGAGGACAGCUCAACUUGAGAGGACAGCUCAUCUAGAGAGGACAGCUCAACUUGAGAGGACAGCUCAACUUGAGAGGACGGCUCAACUUGCGAGGACAGCACAGCUUGUGAGGACAGCUCUACUUGAGAGGACAGCUCAACUUGAGAAGACAGCUCAACUUAAGAAGGCAGCUUUACUUGAGAGGACAGCUCAACCUGAGAGGACAGCUCAAUUUGAGAGGACAGCUCAACUUGAGAGGACAGCACAUCUAGAGAGGACAGCUCAACUUAAGAAGACAUCUUUACUUGAGAGGACAGCUCAACUUGAGAGGACAGCACAGCUUGCGAGGACAGCACAGCUUGUGAGGACAGCUCUACUUGAGAGGACAGCUCAACUUGAGAGGACAGCUCAACUUGCGAGGACAGCUCUACUUGAGAGGACAGCUCAACUUGAGAGGACAGCUCAACUUAAGAAGACAGCUUUACUUGAGAGGAUAGCUCAACCUGAGAGGACAGCUCAAUUUGAGAGGACAGCUCAACUUGAGAGGACAGCACAACUUGAGAGGACAGCACAACUUGCGAGGACAGCACAACUUGCGAGGACAGCACAGCUUGCGAGGACAGCAAAGCUCGCAAGGACAGCACAGCUUGCGAGGACAGCAUGA